AUGGAAAAUGUAUUAAAGGAUUUUGUGGAUAAUAUGGAAAAGAUAGAAGAGAAUAUUGAUGCGUAUGCCACAAGCUGUGGGGAUGAAGGUUGGACGCGUAGAGGAGACACGCAUAAGGGCAAAACAUAUCGCGGGCACACAGUUGCGGACGUCAUGAAAUGCAGACUGAUGCUUGGAGCAUUAUUUUUCAUAGCUGGGUGGAAAUCUAAUAAGCAGCCGGAUACGCACGAAUCGAAGAACGAUACGGACAUGAAGGCUAUUAUGAGGUGCAUGGUAGCAACUGUUUUUGCGUAUAUAUUGGCUGCAAUACCGUGUGGCCACGAGUGGCUAGGGCCAGAUUGGGCAUGGGAAAUCAUGAGAGGCAUGGGAAAACCAGGUGGGGUGGACACUUCAAUUUCAGAUGGAAAAUGUAGACUGGAUGAGUACACUGAUACAAAGGUGGGAACACGGGAUUUGCAGAGCGCCAUACAAAAAUGGUUAAAAAAAAGUAAAACGCUACGUAAUCGUAUGCAGGCAAUAGAGGAGAACCCGAAAUGCGAAAUAAAAUGGGAAAUGUACAAGAAAAGUUUGGCAAACAGCGGAGAAGGUGCAGAUCUUUCCAGUAUAUUUCAGCAGGACGAGAUGAACACCUUAGUGAAAGAGCAGGUACAAGAAAUGUUUACGAAAAUUAGGAACACAGUAAGAAAAACGGUGGACCCGGCACGAAGUAAAACAGGCAGCUCCGGAGCCGUCGGGGAUAGUGAUGUUGACUCUGAGCACGAGGACGACGACGAGCACCAGAACGCGCAAGAGGACAUGACGGAAAGGACACCAUCAAAGGACACGUCAGUUCGGUUGAGCGAUAAGCGGCUACCGUAG